UGGAUUUAAAUUAAAGGGAUGCGAUUAAAUACCGAUGCUUGAAUGGAUAUUUAGGUGAAUCGACGCAACUCUUUACCUCAGACUGGAAUCAUUAAGUUGUAUGAAGAGACGACAUGUAUAAAAGAAUUUGGAUGAUUCGAUUACACUAAACAGUUGAAUCGAGGGAAACUGGCGAUGGUCUCCGCAGGCAAUUAGUAAAUGCUGAUUUGAAUCACUUAGAAGUUUCCAGAAAGAAGAGAAAAAAAUUUUGUGGAAACAUGCCAUGGAUAGGUUCCUACGUCUUUUCCCGAGUAGCUUUCUACCCUUCACUGUUCUACAACUACUGCAUGUCCAAAGUAAGCAGCCGCAACUGGUAUGAUCGUAUCGAUGAGACUGUCAUCCUGGGCGCCUUGCCUCUGCGGCCCAUCGCCAAAACGCUUAUUAAUCAAGAAAAUGUUCGUGGUAUAAUCUCGGCCAACCUGGACCAUGAAAUUAAACAUUUCACACCAACAGAGGAGGAAUGGCGACAAAUGGGAGUAGAGUAUCUUAGACUGAAAAUUGUUGAUUUUGUGGGAACUCCUUCCCAUGAACAAAUCUCAGAAGCUCUGGAUUGUAUUAAUCGUUACAAGAAGAAGGGUAAAUCUGUCUACAUCCACUGUAAAGCUGGUCGGACACGAAGUGCCACAAUUGUCGCUUGUUAUUUGAUAAAGGCCAAUGGAUGGGACGAUUUGACAGCCUGGCAACAUAUUGUCUCUUGCCGUGCUCAUGUUCGAAUCUUUAACGUACAAAAGGAGUUCCUCCACCAGUUCUACCUAAGCAACAAAAACCUCGAUGAUCCUGCAUAGUACCAACAAAGUUUUUUGCAUUGAACACAACUUGUUUCUGUAAUUGACAAAUUUUGCAAUAAACAACAACAACAACAACAACCAAGGCUUUGAAAUUA